AUGGAGUUCUGUCGAGUUCUACCUUCCGCUACCACGCACAAUGUCAUUAUCGGCGCAUUGGGGUCUCAGCGCGAGACGUCACGCGCCCUGGAUCUGUUCGAUACUCUCAGCUCCUUGGAGCAAGAGCCGGAUGCGAUCACGUAUACGCAGGCGUUCAAAGCCCACGAAGCUGCUUCCCAGUGGGCCCCGCCACUGACGUUGCUGAACAAGAUGUGCACGGCUGGCACAACCCCGAACGUGGUCACCUAUGGGGCCGUCCUCUCGGCCAAUGCUGCUGUGGAGGAGGCAGGACAGCUUCUUUCAGGUUGCGGGGAUAAAGUGCCCACAGGCAUGCGGUGGGAGUAUGCAAUCAAAUGCCUCACUCUGUCGCUCUUCCACGUCCCUGAGCCCACGAUAUACUUAUAG